AUAGAGACUCGGGAUUGCAGUUCUCUAGUGCAGAAUAACCAAGCAAAACUGGCCGAGACUAUCACUGAGACUGUGUGUGCCUGACAGAGAACUGCUGGGAUGGGAAACAGUGCGUUAAAAGCCCACCUGGAGACAGCACAGAAAACUGGUGUGUUUCAGCUGACAGGAAAGGGACUCACAGAGUUUCCUGAAGAUCUGCAGAAGCUAACAAGCAACUUAAGGACAAUAGACUUGUCAAACAACAAAAUAGAGCUCUUGCCACCAGUCAUUGGAAAAUUUUCCAUCUUGAAGAGCCUUGCUCUAAACAACAACAAACUGACUGCUUUACCUGAGGAGCUGUGUAAACUGAAAAAACUGGAGACACUACACUUGAAUGGCAAUCACUUGAGGCAGCUACCAGCUGCAUUUGGACAGCUUUCAGCUCUCAAAACCCUGAGUCUUUCUGGAAACCAGCUUCAGACUGUGCCCUCACAACUCUGUGGUCUUCGCCACUUGGAUGUGGUAGAUCUUUCAAAAAACAAGAUCCAGAAUGUACCUGACACUGUUGGAGAAUUGCAGGCUAUUGAGCUCAAUUUGAAUCAAAAUCAGAUUUCUCAGAUCUCAGUGCAGAUCUCCCACUGUCCACGCCUCAAAGUCUUGCGCUUAGAAGAAAACUGUCUAGAACUCAGCAUGCUUCCUGAAAGUAUCCUCAGUGAUUCCCAGAUCUCACUGCUUGCAGUAGAAGGCAACCUCUUUGAAAUAAAAAAACUCAGAGAACUGGAAGGUUAUGACAAGUACAUGGAGCGAUUUACUGCAACAAAGAAGAAGUUUGCAUAA